AUGUACUUGGAAUUAGGCAUGAAACUAACUAAAAUUCAUCGAGCGCUAAAAUUAAAGCAAAAAGUGUGGCUAAAAGAAUAUAUUGAUUUAAACACUGAACAAAGCAAAAGAGCAACUAAUGAAUUUGAGAAAAAUUUCUAUAAAUUGAUGAACAAUUCUGUUUUUGGAAAGAUAAUGGAAAACGUUAGGAAGCACAAAGAUGUCAAGCUUGUGACAAAAUGUGAGGGGAGAUAUGAAGCAAAAGCUCUAAUUGCUAAACCAAACUUUCAUAGCUGUACCAUAUUUGAUGAAAAUAUGGUUAUUGUUGAAAUGAACAAAACAAAGAUUUCUUUCAAUAAACCUAUCUACAUUGGUUUCACAGUCCUUGAUAUCUCAAAAAUUAUCACGUAUGAUUUUUAUUACAACUAUAUUCUACCAAUUUUUGGAAAUUCUGCAAAAUUGCUAUAUACAGAUACAGACAGUCUCAUCUAUCAUUUCACUGUUCCCAACUUUUACAAAUAUAUUAAACGAGACAUCCAUAAAUUUGACACAUCAGAUUAUCCAACAGACAAUGUUUACGGAAUUACUCUGAAAAAUAAAAAAGUUUUGGGAUUAAUGAAAGAUAAAUGCAACGGAAAAAUAAUGACCGAAUUUGUGGGUUUGAGAUCAAAAUUAUAUGCAUAUAAAGUUUUGGAUGAAGAAGAUGAAAAAAAGAGAGCCAAAGGUGUAAAAGGAUCAACACUGAAAGCCAUAACAUUCGAUGACUAUAAGCAGACUCUUAUUUCUUGUCAGAAUCUGAUUAAAACUCAACACUUAAUCCGAAGCCGAAAGCGCGAAGUGCACACCAUCAUCCAAGAGAAGAUUGCUCUCAGCUGGCAUGAUGACAAACGAAUGCUGCUCCCUGGUACUACAGAUACUCUUCCAUGGGGAUAUAAAUAUAGAGCCUGUGAUCCCAUGGAAGUCGAUGCAAUGUAA